AUGGUUACCAAUGCUCCGUGGUGUGGUCACUGCCGUCAGUUGGAGCCGGUGUAUGUGGAGUCAGCGGGGGUGUUGAAGGGAGAGAGCGAGGGAUACCGUCUGGCUAAAGUGGAUGCUGCAGAGGAGAAGGAGCUGGCGGAAGAGUUUGAUGUCGGAAGUUUCCCAACCAUCAAACUGUUCACCGACGGAGACAGAAGCAACCCCAUCGACUUCACUGGGAAGAGGACAGUGCAGGGUAUUGUCCAGUGGUUGAAGAGGCGGUCAGGUCCUAGUGCCGUGGUGUUAGAGACGACUGAUGCCGCUUCAGAACACAUCAGCUUUCACAACGUUACAGUGCUGGGGUUCUUCACUAGUCUGGAGAGUGAGGAGGCCAAGGUGUUCUAUAGUGUUGCCAUGGAGAUGGUUGACAUGGUGUUCGGGGUGACAACCAGUCCAGAGGUCUUCCAGAAAUACGAAGUAAAGAACAACAGAGUGGUGCUGUUCAAGAAGUUUGACGAGGGCAGGGUAGACCUGUCUGUGUCUGAGGAGGAGAAGGUGGGUAAAGAGGAGCUGAUUGUCUUCAUCAGGACCAACAGUCUGGAGCUGGUCAUAGAGUUCAACGAGCAGAAUGCGGAUAAGAUCUUUGGUUCAAAGGUUCACACCCACACCCUCCUGUUCAUCAACUCUACAGUCCAGGAGCAGAAGAGCCUUCUGACUGAAUACAGCACCGUGGCCAGGGACUUCAAGGGCAAGGUAUUGUUCAUAAUUAUAGAUGUAACGGGACCAGUCAGUCAUGUCCUGAAGUACUUCGGUCUUUCCGAGGGCGACGCCCCCACUGUACGCAUCAUCAACACCGACACCACCAAGAAGUUCGCUCUGAUUGGACAGAUAACGGCCGCCACACUCCAAACGUUCUGUCAGGGAGUUCUGGACGGAACCGUGAAGUCUCACCUGCUAAGCGAGGAGGUACCAGAGGACUGGGAUAAAGGACCCGUUAAAGUUCUGGUCGGGAAGAACUUUGAGGCUGUCGCCCUCGACAACAACAAGAAUGUCUUCGUAGAGUUCUAUGCCCCAUGGUGCGGUCACUGUAAGGAGCUGGCUCCUGUCUGGGAGAAGCUGGCAGAGAAGUACGCUGACCGGGAUGACAUCAUCAUUGCCAAGAUCGACGCCACGACCAAUGAGGUGGAGGGAGUGUCUGUGUCUGGCUUCCCUACACUACGAUACUACCCUGCUGGAGAAGACAGCAAGGAGGUAGAGUACAGUGGGACCAGAGACUUGGAGAUGUUUGCUAUGUUCCUGGACAAUGGAGGACAGCUUCCGAAGGUGGAAGAGGAGGAUGAGGAUAAUGAAGAUGAAGAGGAGGUCACUGAUGAGUCAUCGCCACCGCCAGCCAAUGAGACGUCUAAAGACGAGCUGUAAAGUCAGAGCACCGAAUCGAUCAAGAGUAGUUUAUUGGUUUCUAUGGUUUCUCUUGGUUUAAUAAUAAAAGUGAUUUGAUUCUGAA